AUGCUGGCUGUCCCUGCGGUCACCUUCGAGUCCCACUCGAGCCACAUGGGAAAGGCUCUGGGGGCUCCCAGAAGGCUGGAGUCCUUCCUGAGGCAAGCCACUCAGAGAGAAGGGCAAGAUGGGCACCCAGCCACUGCAGAUACACACAGAGCCCUGCUCCGUCCCGGAAGCCGGAGCUCCAGCAGCACCUUGCUACCCCGCUGCAGCUGUGCGGGACAGGCCCACCGUGCCCCCGCUGACACUCACAGUGAAGGUUCAGAGAGCUCUCGUUUGCCACCCACAGACGGGGAGAAGCUGCCCAGUGUGACGGACGGCCACGGGGCCCAGGCCCUGCCCACCACGCAGAGGGCGGACGACUCCAGUGAGAGUCGAGAGGAGGAGCAGGCGUCCGAGGGGCGGGACCCAAACAUGCUAUUUCCUGGAGGGGCAGGGAGGCCCCCACCACUGAACCUCACACAUCAGACACCCCCAUGGCGGGAGGAGCUGCCCCUCACAGCUCCUCGGAUGGAGCCUUCCAGCCUGGAGAACGUGCUGGAGCCAUGCGCCUACGCCCCUACCUACAUCCUCAAGGAUUUUCCCAUCGCAAGAUACCAGGGACUGCAGUUUGUGUACCUGUCCUUCGUCUAUCCCAACGACUACACCCGCCUCACCCACAUGGAGUCAGACAACAAGUGCUUCUACCGAGAGUCGCCCUUGUACCUGGAGAGGUUUGGGUUCUACAAAUACAUGAAGAUGGACAGGGAGGAGGGAGAGGAUGAUGAAGAGGAGAUGCAGCGCCGCGCCUUCCUCUUCCUCAACCCGGAUGACUUUCUGGAUGAUGAGGAUGACCGGGAGCUGCUGGACAGCCUGGAGCCAACGGGGGCUUCUGUGCCACAGCUCGGCCGCCAGACCCCCACACUGGUGGCCCCCACGAAGCCCAAGAUGCUGACUGUGGCCACCCCCGUCCCACCAACGUCCAGUUCUCUGGAUGGGCAGGCCCCCAGGCAUUCCCGGGCCCUAAGCUGGGCCUCCCGGCCCCUGCCCCUCUUUCUGGGCCGGGCCCCACCCCCCCACACAGCACCCUCAAAGGUGUAUGUGACGAGGGUGCGGCCGGUGCAGCCCAGGCUGCGGGCCUCCCGAAGGGCGCUGCCGGACGCCCCCUGGCCCCCUUUCCCCAGGGUCUUCCCACGCCCCAGGCCCCUGCCCAGGGUGCAGCUGCGGGCACCACCACGCCGCCCGCAGCCCCACCGCCGCAGGACCGCAGAGCCGAGGCCUUCGGCCCGGACGCAGGCCCCCUGGGGGAGCCGGGUAGUCCCAGUGCGUGCCCGGGAACUCGAAGCGCCCACUGCAGACACAAACUCGUCCGCCGAGACAAAACCUGUGACCUCCUUCCUCCGCGUGGCCCAGGUGUCCAGGCCGCAGCUGCCCGGGGAGGGAGAGGAGGAGGGGGAGGAGGGGGAGGACGACGGCCUCCCAGGGGAAGAGGCCACGCCGGACGGCAGUGAGGAGGAAGAAGAGGCGGCGGCGCGGCCCGCGGGCCGCUGGCGGGAGGACGCCAUCGACUGGCAGCGCACGUUCAGCGUGGGCACUGUGGACUUCGAGCUGCUGCGCUCGGACUGGAAUGACCUGCGCUGCAACGUCUCAGGAAACCUGCAGCUGCCGGAGGCCGAGGCCGUGGACGUGGCGGCCCAGUACAUGGAGCGGCUCAACGCACGCCAUGGCGGGUACCAGUACCUGCGACGCACCGGAAACUUCGAGCGCUCGGCGGGGCUGCAGGCCGGAGUGGACGCGGUGGAGGACCCCAGCAGCAUCGUCUUCCUCUGUGACCUGCACAUCUACUUCCCUCUCAACAUCCUGGACAGCAUCCGGAAGCACUGCGUGGAGGGCAAGCUGGCCUUCGCCCCCGUGGUCAUGCGCCUGGGCUGCGGGAGCUCGCCGGGAAACCCGCACGGUUACUGGGAGGUAAAUGGCUUUGGCCUCUUUGGGAUCUACAAAUCGGACUUUGACCGCGUGGGAGGCAUGAACACAGAGGAGUUCCGGGACCAGUGGGGGGGCGAGGACUGGGAGCUGCUGGACAGGGUCCUGCAGGCAGGGCUGGAGGUGGAGCGGCUGCGGCUGAGGAACUUCUACCAUCAUUAUCAUUCCAAGCGGGGUAUGUGGGGCACCCGGAGUCGCAAGGGCUCCCGUGUGGAGCGGUCCUGAGGCUGGAGGACCUGCCCGGCAUGCUGAAGCAGAGGUGGCGGUUGCGGAUGCUCAGCUCCAGGAUCCGCCCCACGUGGCUCGUGGCCUGGCUGCCACCUCCG